UUAGUUCAGAAGUGGUCGGCGGAGUGGACAUAACCUCCACACUGACUGAGGAAAACACGGUUUUGUCUGUAUUUAUUCGAUAAUACAGAUGACAUGAAAUAACUGCAUAGGCAUUGCAGCAGGAAGAUACAAGUAUGUUACGACAGGCAGUAAGAUUAUUCUUGGAGCAACAUAACAGAUUGACUUACAGUUGUUUACAAGGAAUUAUAAGAAGAAUACACAUGUUAAAUAUCAGUGAGGCACAAAUAAGAAAUGGAAAUGUGGUAAGAAAGUACAGUCACAAUGUCUGUUUAAGGUAUGUCCAUUCAACAGCUGUUUAUUGCAAUGACAAAAACAAUUUGAAAUAUGAAAGGAGUGGAAAUGUUGGGGAAAAGACUCAAGAUGGUGAUCAAUCAGGUGAUAUUAUUACAGAUAAACAUAAUGAUGAUGUAGCACUUUAUGGUAAAAUAGUAAACUACAAAGAUAAAAGUGAAAUAUCUGUUCAUAAAAAUGAAUUAGAUUUGAGUAACUUUAUAGAUGAACUUGACAGUGAUGCCAGUAAUGAUAAUCAUGAUGAUUCUUUUAAUAAUGAUGAUGAAGCAAUAGGAAGAGAGUUAGUACCUUUAAAAGGGCAGGAACUUGUAACUGUAAAAAAGAAUCGCAGGAAAUCAUUAGAUUUGAGUAACUUGAUAGAUAAACUUGACAGUGAUGCCAGUAAUGAUAAUCAUGAUGACUUUUUUGAUGAUGAUGAAACAGUAGGAAGAGAGUUAGUACCAUUAAAAGGGCAGGAACUUGAAACUGUAAGAAAGAAUCAUGGAAAAUCAUUGGUUACGACAAAUAUGUAUUAUAAACCAAAGUCAAUCACACAGUCUUUGUUGGAGGAAGAGGAAGAAGCAGCAGAUAUUGUUACUUCUGAAACAAAUUCUGAACUGGCAAGACUUGAAGAGGAAUAUAAUCUCGAUCUAGCAGAAAAAGGACAGCUAAAGGUUCCAGGAGUGAAAAAAGUUGAGAUACCAGCCCUUACAGAUGUAGGACCUAUUGUAAACGAUUCAGAAGUUCUCCAGAAGCUAGUACAAUUAGGAGUAGAUCUUUCAGUUGUUCAGAAGAAAGGAAUGAUUGAAGAUGUUUUGAAGAUGAAUUUUAAGAAGGAUGUAGGGCCCUAUAUCUGGACUUUGAAAGACAUUGGUGUGCCAGCAGAUAAACUUGGUGAGGUGUUCACAAGAUGUCCCUGGAUUUUCCAGCAAGAUGUAAACAAAUUGAGGGUGCGUAUUGAUUACCUCCGGUCAAAGAAGUUUACGAAAUCUGAUAUAGAAAACAUGAUUGACAAAGAUCCAAAGUUCUUGUUAAUACCUGUGGAAAAGGUUGAUGCUAAACUAGGAUUUCUACAACAGGAGUUCAGACUGACAGGAAAACAAGUGAGGGAGAAAGUGAGUGGACUGUCGAAGCUGAUUAUAGCCAAACCAGCAGUAAUCAAGGAGAGCAAGUUUUACAUGAAGAAGUUUCUUGGUUUUACAGACAGGGAGCUGAAGACCAUAUUCCUUGCAUAUCCUAAAAUCUUUCUCAAAAAUGUGGAUCAUACUUCCAACGCCUUCAACUAUCUUCAUAAUGUUAUGGAGUUACCGCAUGAAUUAAUUGCCAAGACUCCAAUAGCAAUGGACACUACACGCUACUUUCUGGAGAAUAGGCACCGAUUCCUUGUGAAAUGUGGACGAGCCCAGUAUGAUCCAACAAAGCCAAAUUACGUGUCGUUACAUGCUUUACUUACAGCGAAAGAGGAUAUUUGGUGUGUGGAAAUCGCCAAGGCAUCUGUUGCAGAAUAUAAUCAGUUUCUGCGAACGAUCUAGAAAUAAGAUUUAGUUUAAGCAGAUCACAUGACAUUAAUUGGAAUAGACAGACAUUUCAGUUUCAGAAACUUUGACAUCUUGAUUAGGUGAUGGGACUACCAAUUUAAAUGUCGAAACAUGGAAUUGAUAUUUUAGAAAUGAAUCUUGAUACCAUUUACGUUUAGGAAUCUAGUGUUUGUAGCAUGCAGACUUUUCACAUACUUAAAACGAAUAUCCAAAGAGAAAUAAUUAAAACUGCGAUUUUUAUCUUGUAUUUAGUUUUUUCCUUUACCAAUGUUUCAAUCGAUUGAAGUUGUAUGUACUUCUGAAGUUCUAGAUCUCUGAACAAAAUCGUCGAGGAGUGGCAGUUGUUAGAAUAGCAAGCAAUUUUAUGUUGCAUCACAACAUAUGUUUUUGGUGGGUAUUAAAGAUACAGUAAAAUGCACCAUAUAUGAUAACAUGAUGCUGUAAACAGUUGUUGUGACCUCUGCUUUACUGGCUUAAAAUAUCCCCUGCCGAAGGCAGAGGGAUAUUGUUUUGCCGUUGUCUGUCUGGCUA